AUGAAGUUGUUCAGCGCCGCCCUCCUCGCAGCGGCCUCCCUCCCCUUCGCCGCCUCCCUCGCCCCCAUCGUCCGCAAGGGCGCCUACCUCUUCGACUCCUCCACCGGCGACCGCUUCUACCUCAAGGGUCUCGCAUAUGCGGCGAACUAUGGAUCCGGCCAGACAACUCCCGCCGGCGAGGUCAGCCAGGUCGACCCCCUCGCUAACGGCGCCGGCUGCGCUCGCGACAUCCCGUACUUCAAGCAGCUCGACGUGAACAUCCUUCGUGUGUACCAGGUCAACUCCAGCCUCGACCACAGCAGCUGCAUGAACGCGCUCGAGGAGGCCGGCAUCUACGUCCUCGUUGAUCUCGCGACGCAGGUGGAGGCCAUCUCGGGCAGUUCGCCUGCGUGGAACCUCGAGCUGCUCACGCAGUACAUCAACACGAUUGAGGUCUUUGGAGACUACACGAACGUGUUUGGGUUCAACAUUGGUAACGAAGUUAUUAGCUCCCUUCCGGAUGACCAGGCUGCUCCCUACAUCAAGGCCGCAGUACGUGAUGUCAAGGCGUUUAUGUCCGCCCACAAUUACAGCCAGCUCGUCGGAUAUACUGCCACGGACUCGCCCAACUCCCGCAUCACACUCCCGUACUACCUCGCGUGCGGGGAGGACAGCUCGGCGAUCUUCGACUACUGGGGCCUCAACAUCUAUGAGUGGUGCGGUACCAGCGACUUCCAGACGUCAGGCUACCAGGCGCGUACGCAGGAAUUGGCAGACCUCGGCAUUCCCGCGUUCUUCUCCGAGUAUGGCUGCAACUCCGUCGAGCCUCGUCCCUUCCAAGACGUCCCCGUUCUCUACAGCUCAGACAUGUCCAACGUCUGGUCUGGUGGCAUCAUCUACGAGUAUAUUGAGCAGUCCAACGCCUAUGGUCUCGUCAACAUUUCCUCGGACGGCUCGUCUGUGUCCACGCUCACAGAUUUCAACAACCUGAAGUCGCAGUACACGACAGCGACUGGCUCGUCGCUCGCGUCAGCCUCAUAUACGCCUUCGAUCUCGCUCCCGGAUUCGUGCCCUUCGAGCAACUCCAGCUGGCCCGUCGCCACCGCUCUGCCCCCCACCCCGAACAGCGGUCUCUGCGACUGUAUCGCCAGCCAGCUUACAUGCAUUUCGACGUAUUCGCUUAAUGACGCGAGCCAGAUUGGCACGGCCAUCGGCACGAUCUGUGGUACGUCGACGUCCGCCUGCUCUGCCAUUUCCGGCAACGGUACGACUGGCUCCUACGGCGAAUUGUCGAUGUGCAACCCUCUCCAGCAGCUCAACAUCGCGAUGGAGAUCUACUACAACUCGCAGGGUCGCGCGUCGGACGCUUGCCAGUGGUCGUUCGCGACGCUGGCCUCGAGCGCUAGCGUCAGCGGCACCGCCCAGUUUGCCAGCGCGACGAGCAGCUGCGUUAGCGCUGAUGCGUUCGCGAGCAGCACCGGGAUUCCCACCGCGACGACCACGCUUGCUGGUGUAUCAACUCAUCCAUUGGUCUCGGGCGCGGCCAGCUCGGGCUCGAAAAGCGCAAGCAGCGGCGGCGCCGUGCGUCUGAUCGCCUCGGACGCACCCGCGAGUGCCCUGCUCGCGACCGUGCUCCUUGGCGUUGUGGGCGGCUUCAUGGCCGUCUUCCUCUAA